GGGAGGUCUUGAAGAAAAAUGAACUGAGCGAUGAGAUUCCCUUCCCACUCCCCGAGUGUCUCCCUAAGUACUUCCGACAGUUUUGUGCUAGUCAACCGAUUUGUUUGGGCACGUCCAUAUUGCGCUGUCCACAGAUCGCGUGAUUUAAUUACAAUGUGCGUUUCGUCCCCCACUGUGUCAUGGCACGCCUGAACUUUAUUGUGGAUUAUUUGCUCUCCCACGAAUAGUUUUGAUGUUUACACGCUGACAGCUAGCGAGAGUAUAAACGUAUGCAAAAUGGCGGAUAUUGAAUUAAAUCUACGUGACCUUUGCUUCACUUUCGGAUCAUUGGUAACAUUUGUCUGGCUGCUAUACUGGUGCGGAACAUAUCGGUUUUCUGUUCUUAAAAAUCUUGGUAUACCUGGACCUGAGCCAUGGCCAUUCUUGGGAAGUAUUCUCGAAGUGCACAAGUUUGGUGGUCUGCAUGUCAUGUUGUUGGAGAACAUGAAGCGCUACGGAAAGAUCUUUGCGGUGUGUUUGGGUCGAUCGCCCACAAUUGUGAUCACUGAGCCAGAGGUCUUAAAAACAAUUUUAGUAAAGGAAUUUACCAGUUUCAGGAAUCGAUCGGACGAGGUUAAACCUCCUCCUCCUCUUAACUGUGGCCUUUUGGCAGCCAGGGACGAUCAGUGGAAGCGAAUUCGAAGCAUUUUGUCACCAUCGUACACAACUGGUAAAAUGAAACAGAUGAUUCCACUUAUGGACGAUGCAGUGAAUGUACUGAUGAUGAAGUUAGAUGAAGUAGCUGACGCAGAAAAAAGUGUAGAAGUAGUGGAGUUGUUCAGCAAGUUAACUCUUGAUGUCAUCUUGUUAACUGCUUUUGGAAUCAAAACUGACAUUCAGACAGAUCCACAGAACUCAGUGACAAAAGAGGCACGAAAGUUGUUCCGUAGGUUGUGGCUGACGCCUUAUCUAUCGAUAUUCCCCUGUAGUUCUUUACUAAGGCGAAUAAUAGCGUUCUUUCGGCAAGGUUUAGCGUUCUUCGUGGGCGCGGCAAAAGAGAUUUUCGAAGAGAGGAAAAAAUAUGCUACUGAGGGACGAAAUGAUCUGAUACAGCUCCUGCUAACCGCUCACGAUGAACCUGCAGCUCAGGGUGUCAGUAAACUGUCCGAUGACGAGGUGAUAGCUCAGUUGAUUACGUUUUUAUUGGCGGGUUAUCAAACUUCCAGCAGCACACUGGCAUUCACUGCAUAUCACCUCGCUAUGGAUUCUGAUGUCCAAGAAAGACUAAGGUGUGAGGUAGAGAUUGCCAUUCAAACUUACCACGAUUUGCCUUUGUACGAUCUCGUCCACGAAAUUGAGUAUCUCGAUUGCGUCAUGAACGAAUCUAUGCGGCUUUGCCCACCCCUUCACAUCUUUAAUCGGAAAUGCGAAGAAACAUGCGCAAUAAGUCCAGGCCUCACAAUACCCGCCGGUAUGGAUGUUACCAUACCGGUUUACGCGCUUCACCACGAUCCCGAAGCGUGGCCCGAUCCCAAAGUAUAUGACCCGGAGAGGUUCCGGGGACCCGCCAAGGAAGCGCGUCACCCGUUCCAAUUCCUUCCGUUUGGCGCCGGUCCAAGGAACUGUAUUGGAAUGAAAUAUGCCAUGAUGGAAAUCAAAGUCGCCUUGGUCAGGAUUUUGAGGAAGUUUAAGUUUGUUCGAGCACCUGAUACACAGGUACCGUUAAUUUUACACUCGGGCGUUACCCUCGGCCCGAGGGAUGGGAUACAUUUACGGGUCAAGCGAGUUAAAAGUCUAAUUUGAAAUCAGGUGAAACGGAAAAGAAGUAGGAAUGAUGAGGAAUGGAGAAAAUUAACGCGGAUUGCAGAAGAUCUGAAUUUCAGAAGUGAUUAUCAUAUAACUUCUUUCUAUGAUAUCCACACAUUCAGCAAACAGGUAUUGAGGAAUACUUGAACUUAUCAGGUAAAAAAUGUCCCCUUGGUCCAACAACAAAUCAGAUCUUGGUAGUCAAACGUCAGGUUUAAUUUCUCAAAUUCCUGUUAGAAUUUAAUCUCGCACCCAGAUCCUAUCGUGUAACUUAAACCGCUUGGCCGUGGAAAGUCUGGGUAUGAGCAUUGUCAGAAUCAUCACGAUGGCUCCUGAAAUAAUUUUAUUUUCACCAGAAUGAGGAGAAAGUCGAAGGAUUUGGAGUGCACAUACACAUUCAGAUUUUCCAAGUACUGGAAUUGUUUUGAACAGGAUUCUGUUGACUGGCAAGGCUCACAUGUAUUUAUAUCUGCAAAAAGACAUUAAAAUUUGAGAGUUAUGCUGGAUAAAAAGUCAAGAAAGAUAAGGAAAAAAACCGAUUUAACUGAAUACACAGAAGAGCCGUGCUGAGAAGAGGAGUGUCUCUCUUUCAGGCAUAGAAAUAAAGCUAACUCGUUUCUAGUG